AUGUUCAUUGAGUAUAUUGUAUACAAGAAGGCCAAGGAGUGGUUCAAAGACCAUGAUUUCAACACUAUGAUAUGGCCCUCUCAAUCCCCAGAUCUCAAUCCCAUAGAGCAUCUGUGGGGUCAUCUCAAAAAGAAGCUUGCAGAGUAUCAGGAGCCACCAAAGGGAAUUACUGAGUUGUGGGAAAGGGUAGAGAAGGAAUGGGAGGCUAUUAGGAAGAAAGUGUGUCAGAAUCUGAUUGAAACUGAAGAGAAAAAGAAAUUGUCGUACUCGCACAUCGAGCUCUUAAAAGAAGACACUUGGAUGCUCUGGAAGACCAAGAUGGAGGCCAUCCUCGAUGAUAAAGAGCUCUUGCCAUGGAUUAAGGACAAGAAAAAGAAAACCAAGAUUCAAAUCGUCGGAGACUCCGAAGAGAUCCAAGCGCACGAAGAUGAGAUCAAAGAAUGA